GUGACGUACGUCCUGGCGCCCGGUCAGCUAGCCUCUCUGAGCUAACGAGCUAAGUUGUUGUAGUUAACCGCGGACACCGGAGUCGGUUAACGUUAACUAACAGCUGGUAACUAACGUCUUUCUGCCCCCGGUGACUGUCAGCAACGGACAUGGACGACGAAAGCCACCCCAAAACCCUGUAUGUGGGAAACCUCUCCAGGGAUGUGACAGAGAUUCUGAUUCUGCAGCUCUUCACCCAGAUUGGACCUUGCAAAAGCUGUAAGAUGAUCACAGAGCACACGAGCAACGACCCGUACUGCUUCGUGGAGUUCUUCGAACACAGAGAUGCUGCUGCGGCUCUGGCGGCCAUGAACGGGAGGAAGAUCUUAGGAAAGGAGGUGAAGGUAAACUGGGCCCAAGUCCCAAGCAGCCAGAAGAAAGACACGUCCAAUCACUUCCACGUUUUUGUGGGUGAUUUGAGCCCUGAGAUUUCCACUGAGGACGUGAAGGCUGCGUUCGCACCUUUUGGGAAAAUCUCGGACGCCCGUGUUGUGAAGGACAUGACGACAGGCAAAUCAAAGGGGUAUGGAUUUGUGUCCUUCUACAACAAACUGGAUGCAGAGAACGCCAUCAUAAACAUGGGAGGUCAGUGGCUCGGAGGGCGCCAAAUCAGGACCAACUGGGCGACGCGGAAACCACCGGCUCCGAAGACCGCCCAGGACAAUGGCUCAAAGCAUCUGAGGUUUGACGACGUAGUGACUCAGUCCAGCCCGCAGAACUGCACCGUGUACUGUGGAGGGAUCCAGUCCGGGUUAUCAGAACACCUGAUGCGACAGACCUUCUCACCGUUUGGUCAGAUUAUGGAAAUCAGAGUUUUCCCAGAGAAAGGAUACUCCUUCAUCAGGUUUUCCUCCCAUGACAGCGCUGCACACGCCAUAGUUUCAGUAAAUGGCACGGCCAUCGAAGGACACGUAGUGAAGUGCUUCUGGGGCAAAGAAUCUCCUGACAUGCCAAAAAAUCCCCAGCAGGUUGAGUACAGCCAGUGGGGGCAGUGGAACCAGCUCUACGGGAAUCCACAGCAGCAGUACGGCCAGUAUGUGACCAACGGGUGGCAAGUUCCCUCCUACAACAUGUACGGCCAGACGUGGAACCAGCAAGGAUUCGGAGUAGAGCAGUCCCAGUCGCCGGCCUGGGUGGGGGGCUUCGGAUCUCCGUCUGCUCAGGCUGCAGCCCCGCCCGGUCCAGUCAUGUCCAACCUGGCCAACUUCAGCAUGGCUGGCUACCAGACGCAGUGAGCCGGCUGUGACUCGAGCGUAACACCAGGGAGAUUUUCUGUCGACCCUUUUUAGACCACGCAGCACCGCUGUGGUAAAAGAGGGGCAGGGGCCAUAUUCACAAAGCCUUUGUAGCUAAUAGUUGCUCUUAAACAGCCAGUUUAACAAUUAUGUUUUUAAAUGUGUCACUCAGAACCUUUUUUAAAAGUUUAUUUGAUGAUCGCUUCAUAGUUCAAGUGCUCUUGGGCUUCUGAAGAAAAGCCAAACCGUUUGUCCAAGUACAUGUUAAAGGACGUACCCUUUAAAUGUUUGGUCCUAUGAAGCUUUCUUAACAGGAGACUCUUUGAUUUGGGACUUUUCUCUCAGUCACACACUGAAUAAGUUGAGCCAGACCUUCAAAAAGUCCUUUAAGAGUUUAAGAGUAAUCGUUACCUUCUGAAGUCCUUGUAGUUACACUUACUACAAGCAGUCAUGCUACUCUAGCAAAAAAACCACAACGUUAUUAUUGAAUUAUCAGAAAAAUAGCAAUAUCUGCUCUCAGUUUGCCAAUAUGUUUGUUUAUUUUAGUAAAAAAGUGUCAUUUACUCAUUUUAUACAACAGAAAACUGCAGUCAAGUACUUCAGGUACACGUUUGUCACAUAGGUCAGUGUUAACAGACAGUGUUUUACAGUUCAACCUGCUUCAAGUUGGUUCGGGCUUCGCUUCAGCUCACAGAUAUUUAGUCCUGUUUUUAAUAUAUUAACGAACAAUGCUUUGUGAAUAGAGGCCCCCCUCGGGAACGGUAGUUUACCUUUCCAGUAUAUGUGAAGCAACUAUUUGUAUAAACAACUGUGGCUUUAACGGAGGUUUGAGCGGGACGUGGUGUCUCUUUUGUGUACAAAGAAGAUUUCACAUACACAGCUCGAAAAGCUAAAAAAUAAAUAAAUAAAUUAGGUUUUUUCAUGUUUUGUAUCCGAGUGAUCCGCAUGUUCUUUGCAGACUUUUGAUGGAUUUAGUUUAAACUUUAAUGUAGCCUUAGAUUGGACUACUUUAUAACCCUGUGUCUCAAUUCAAAGGCUCAUUAUAUAAAGAAAAUACUGUAAAAACAGCUCAACCCCUAAACUUUGUAAUGGUAACUGACUGUGUGCUGAUUCUGGGGCUGGUUUCCUAGAAAAAUACUGAAUCUCAACUAUUUUCUUCCUUCCUUUUGAUAACCUCAGUUAAUUUAUAGUCAUUUCUUCCUUCUGUCUGGGAGUUUUUGCUUAAUUUAGCACCAAAACCAGCCCCUGAUCGUACUGCAUCAUGUUUUAUGAUCAUUCAAAAUGCUGUACUUUACUCACCCACUUUUGUAAAGACAAAUUGUACAACGUUUUAAGGCGAACUAUACAUUUAUUCUACCUUUAUUCCCCUCAGUGCAGUCUGAAUUCUCUCAGUAUUUGCAGAAUAUUUCCACAUAUUCCAGGUAAACUAUUAAAAAUAUUCAAAUUCUGACGAGGAUUUCUCAAAGACGUCCUGCCAUUUGGAUUUUAUUUACGUCUGUGCCACUCUGUACAGUGUAUUACACUCCUUUGUGAGCUCGCUCUUCUUUAUCCUGGUGUACCAGCCAACAAACUUAAUGAUUUUGUUUGUUUGUUGGAGCUUUCGGGGGGGGUUGUUCAUGUAACGAAAACAGGGUCCGUGUAAAUAUAAACCUCGAUCACAAACCUUCAUGAAACUUAUAAUGUACAUACUGUAGGUAGAAUGUGAUGAAUUGAAAUGCCAUCGUUAAAUUUCAGCAAUAUAAUUUAUGAAUAAGCCUUAAUUGAUGUGUCGGUAAAUUCAAACUUUGUGUUACAAAUCUAAAUUCUCCUUCCGCUGUGGAUUCUCCCGUUUUAUUUUGUUUUGUGUGCCAUUUUUCAGGAAGUAGCAGGAAGGAGGUGAUUGAACUGCACACUUAUUGACAUGUAAUAUAUUUGUUGCUUAAGAUAUUGAAUGUAAUAUGGCAGUUUGCUUUUAUGACGAUACAAUACGUUUUAAGUUGAACAACAGAGGUGAUGUUUAAUAAUAAAGGAUGAAAUCAACGGGGGGAAAAAGUCACUUCAAAUAAAGAAACAUUUGAAUCUUG